AGUUCUUCCCGGGCGCCUUGGCUGCCGGGCUCGCCUUGGCCGGCGCAGGCUCGGGAGCCUCUGCGCUUAUUUUGGUCCCACGGCAUGCCGAGGGAGCUCGCGCUCGUAGGGCUGCAUUUCGAGGCGUGGGGUUGCUCUCCCGAUGUUUUGUUCUUUCACGUUGGUUCAUGUCAGCGUCUGAGACAGCAGGGCUCGGGGUUAGAGCAGUUAGAUGCUGGCCGUGACGACCCUGUGCGAGUCCCGUUGUGAGGGUGGAUGGAGAGGACCCCCGUGGGAGCAGUCGGGACCUGGGGGAGAGGGUGCAGUAAAUGCAGCUGCGAGUGAUUGCCGGUAGCCGUUAGGUGCAGGUUCUCAGGAGCUGCGUGACCUUGGACGAGCCACCGUUAACCUCUUCAGGCUUUUUUUUUAGACACAGCUAGAACCUUGCAUGGGCGCCUGGGGUGGGGCUGGGGGGAGGCGGCCCCGUGUGCCAGGCAGAGGGAAAUGUGGGUGACCUGACUCGGACCUUCCUUGAAAGGAACGCGGGAAGUUCCUGCUUUUCUGUCGGGAGGCCGCAUCUGUGGCCGGACACGGCUCGGGUGCGCGCCGUGGCGCCUAAGCCUCCGUACUCGGGGCUCGGGGCUCUCCCCGCGGCCCCAGCAGUGAUUCGUGGCACCCAGCGUGUCCCGGACCGCUGUGACUGAGUUUCCAGCUGUGAGCGCCCACCACGGCCAGCUGUUCACGUGGAAGGAGCCCUUUCCCCCCGACCAGCGAGGUCUUCCCCGCCCAGCCUGUGCCGUCUGGAGGGCAAAUGACUCAGCUCUGUGAACUGAUCAACAAGAGCGGGGAGCUCCUUGCGAAGAACUUAUCGCACCUGGACACUGUGCUCGGGGCCCUGGACGUGCAGGAGCACUCGCUGGGCGUCCUCGCCGUCCUGUUUGUGAAGUUUUCUAUGCCCAGCGUCCCCGACUUCGAGACGCUGUUCUCCCAGGUCCAGCUCUUCAUCAGUACUUGUAACGGCGAGCACAUUCGCUACGCAACCGACACUUUUGCCGGCCUUUGCCAUCAGCUCACAAAUGCACUCGUGGAAAGAAAGCAGCCCCUGCGAGGAAUUGGCAUCCUUAAGCAAGCCAUCGACAAGAUGCAGAUGAACACGAACCAGCUGACCUCCAUCCACGCCGACCUCUGCCAGCUUUGUUUGCUGGCAAAAUGCUUUAAACCUGCCCUUCCGUAUCUUGACGUGGACAUGAUGGACAUUUGUAAAGAGAACGGAGCCUAUGAUGCGAAGCACUUCUUAUGUUACUAUUACUAUGGAGGCAUGAUCUACACGGGGCUGAAGAACUUCGAAAGAGCGCUCUACUUCUACGAACAGGCUAUUACUACUCCUGCCAUGGCCGUCAGCCACAUUAUGUUGGAAUCAUAUAAAAAGUAUAUUCUAGUGUCUUUGAUAUUACUUGGGAAAGUACAACAGCUACCAAAAUACACGUCCCAGAUUGUGGGUAGAUUCAUCAAGCCCCUCAGCAAUGCCUACCACGAGCUGGCACAGGUGUAUUCCACCAACAACCCCUCGGAGCUCCGGAACCUGGUGAACAAGCACAGCGAGGCGUUCACCCGGGACAACAACAUGGGGCUGGUGAAGCAGUGCCUGUCCUCGCUGUACAAGAAAAACAUCCAGAGGCUGACGAAGACCUUCCUCACGCUGUCCUUACAAGACAUGGCGAGUCGCGUGCAGCUCUCGGGUCCUCAGGAGGCGGAGAAGUACGUUCUGCACAUGAUAGAAGACGGGGAGAUUUUUGCAAGUAUCAACCAGAAGGACGGCAUGGUCAGUUUCCAUGACAACCCUGAGAAAUACAACAACCCUGCCAUGCUCCACCACAUGGAUCAGGAGAUGCUGAAGUGCAUAGAGCUGGACGAGCGGCUGAAGGCCAUGGACCAGGAGAUCACAGUGAAUCCCCAGUUCGUGCAGAAGAGUAUGGGCUCACAGGAGGACGAUUCAGGAAACAAACCAUCCAGUUACUCUUGAAGCUCACAUCCGCCUGGGCCACAGGGGAGGCCGUGGCCAUGGCCGUGGCCAGUACGAGGAGGACAGCAGGGAGCACCAGGCCUGUUCCCCCGGACACUCAGUUUUGUUGACAUCUUCAGCCCCAUGUGCUUUCAAGACAGGCGUUCUCUCUGCAAAGAAAGGAAGAGAAUGCCCAGUCUCUCGUGGAUUUAUUUAUCCUCAGAUUAUUGUUAUUGCAUUAAAUCUGCCUUUUUGUUUUA